AUGUUUCCACAUUCAUCGCCGUCGACGACCAAGUGGAAAGCAUCACAGUUAUUCACCAUACCCGGGCGGAUAGGAGUUGGAGUUGUGAUACUGUUUGCGGGGGUAGUGGGAUUUACGGUUGUGCGUGUCGGAUCAACGCCGGUGGAAGCCGCUAGAGGAGAAGCCGCCGGAGUGGACGUUGCUGCAUUAGCCGCCGCUAUACUGGAGGCCGCUGCACUAGACGCUGCUGCACUAGAUGCUGAUAUACUAGAGGCCGCUGCACUCGACGCUGCUGCACUGGACGCUGCUAUGCUAGAGGCCGCUGCACUGGAUGCUGCUGCACUCGCUGCUGCUAUACUGGAAAACGCUGCACUAGAAGCUGCUGCACUUGAUGCCGCUAUACUAGAUGCUGCUUCAGCGGACGCUGCUGCGCUAGAUGCUGCCGCACUUGAUGCCGCUAUACUAGAUGCCGCUGCACUGGACGCUUCCGCACUAGACGCUGCUAUGCUGGACGCUGCCGCACUAGACGCCGCCGCACUGGACGCGGUUAUGCUGGACGCCGCUGAGCUGGACGCUUCUGCACUGGAUGCCGCUAUACUGGAUGCCGCCGCACUGGACGCUGCAGCACUGGAGGCCGCUAUGCUAGAUGCCGCCGCACUGGAUGCUGCAGCACUGGAAGCCGCUAUGCUAGAGGCCGCCGCACUGGAUGCCGCUGCACUGGAUGCCGCUUCAUCGGAUGCUGCCGCACUGGAUGCUGAUGCACUGGAUGCCGCUAUACUAGAAGCCGCCGCACUAGAUGCCGCUGCACCAGAAGCCGCUAUACUAGAUGCCGCUGCACUAGAGGCUGCUGCACUAGAGGCGGCUGAACUAGAGGCUGCUAUACUAGAGGCUGCUGAACUUGACGCUGCCGCGCUAGAAGCCGAGAUACUAGAGGCUGCCGCGCUGGAUGCUGCUGCACUGGAUGCCGCUGCACUGGACGCUGCCGCACUGGACGCUGCCGCGCUGGACGCUGCCGCACUGGACGCUGCCGCACUGGAUGCCGCUGCACUGGACGCCGCUGCACUAGAGUCUGCUCCGCCAUAA